GAGACGCGCCGGCCGCUCCCCCUCCGUCCGCGCUCGCUCCGGGGUGCUGGGGCGCCAGUGUGCGGAGCCCUCAGGCUGGAGUCCCGAGCAGUUGUCCCGGUGUCCCGGCAUCUAGAGCCGGCGCGGUGAGGCCGGAGCACGCGGCAGUGAGGAUGUCAUUUUCAAGUUGCGGGACGGUCCCUCUGCCUUACUGAGCCCGUAGGAAGACUGCCACGCCUAGGUUGAUGCUUUUUGAUCCCCACCGUUAUUCCUGCCAAAGUCCUAUGUCAUUGAGCAUAUCUGUAAAGAUGCCUUAGAAAAAGAACCAUGGAGAAGUAUGUUAGACUACAGAAAAUUGGAGAAGGUUCAUUUGGAAAAGCCGUUCUUGUUAAAUCUACAGAAGAUGGCAGGCAGUAUGUCAUCAAGGAAAUUAACAUCUCUAGAAUGUCCAGUAAAGAAAGGGAAGAAUCAAGGAGAGAAGUUGCAGUGUUGGCAAACAUGAAGCAUCCAAAUAUUGUCCAGUAUAAAGAAUCAUUUGAAGAAAAUGGCUCUCUCUACAUUGUGAUGGAUUACUGUGAAGGAGGGGAUCUGUUUAAACGAAUAAAUGCUCAGAAAGGCAUUUUGUUUCAAGAGGAUCAGAUUUUGGACUGGUUUGUACAGAUAUGUUUGGCCCUGAAACAUGUGCAUGAUAGAAAAAUUCUUCAUCGAGACAUAAAAUCACAGAACAUAUUUUUAACCAAAGAUGGAACGGUACAACUUGGAGAUUUUGGAAUUGCUAGAGUUCUUAAUAGUACUGUGGAGCUGGCUCGAACUUGUAUAGGCACUCCAUACUACUUGUCACCUGAAAUCUGUGAAAACAAACCUUAUAAUAAUAAAAGUGACAUUUGGGCUCUGGGCUGUGUCCUUUAUGAGAUGUGUACGCUUAAACAUGCAUUUGAAGCUGGCAGCAUGAAAAACCUGGUGCUGAAGAUAAUAUCUGGAUCUUUCCCACCGGUGUCUUUGCAUUAUUCCUAUGAUCUCCGCAGUUUACUUUCUCAGUUAUUUAAGAGAAAUCCUAGGGAUAGACCAUCAGUCAACUCCAUAUUGGAGAAAGGUUUUAUAGCCAAACGCAUUGAAAAGUUUCUCUCCCCUCAGCUUAUUGCAGAAGAAUUUUGUCCAAAAACAUUUUCAAAGUUUGGAGCACAGCCUAUACCAGCUAAGCGACCAGCUUCAGGGCAAAGCUUGGUUUCUGUUGCACCCACUCAGAAAAUUACAAAACCUGCUGCUAAAUAUGGAGUACCUUUAACCUAUAAGAAAAACGGAGAUAAAAAAUUACAUGAAAAGAAGCCACUCCAAAAACAUAAACAGGCCCAUCAAACUCCAGUGAAGAGAGUGAAUCCUAGAGAAGAAAGGAGGAAAAUGUUUGAGGAAGCACCAAGAAAUAGAAGGUUGGAAUUUACUGAAAAAGAAAAGAAACAAAAGGAUCAGAUUAUUAAUUUAAUGAAGGCUGAACAAAUGAGAAGACAAGAAAAGGAAAGGUUGGAGAGGAUAAAUAGGGCCAGGGAGCAAGGAUGGAGAAGCGUGCUGAGUGCUGGCGGCAGUGGUGAGGUAAAGAUUCCCUUUAUUGGCAGUGGAGGGGCCAUAGCUCCAUCAUCUUUUUCUCCUCGAGGACAGUAUGAACAUUACCAUGCCAUUUUUGAUCAAAUGCAACAACAAAGAGCAGAAGAGAAUGAGGCCAAAUGGAAAGGAGAACUACGUGGUCGAGGGCUUGCAGAAAGAGGGAUUCUGCCUGGAGUUCGUCCAGGAUUUCCUAAUGGGGCUGCAGGUCAUCACCAUUUCCCUGAUGCUGAUGAUAUUAGAAAAACUUUGAAAGGAUUGAAGGCCGUGUCUAAACAAGCCAGUACAAACAGGCAAAAAGGGCAGCUAACUGUAGAAAGAGCUAAACAAGUGGAAGAAUUCCUACAGCGAAAACGGGAAGCUAUGCAGAAUAAAGCUCGAGCCGAAGGACAUGUGGGAAUCCUGCAAAACCUGGCAGCUAUGUAUGGAGGCAGGCCCAGCUCUGCAAGAGGAGGGAAGCCAAGAAACAAAGAAGAAGAGGUUUAUCUGGCAAGACUGAGGCAAAUAAGACUACAGAAUUUCAAUGAGCGCCAACAAAUUAAAGCUAAACUUCGUGGUGAAAAAAAAGGAGCUGAUAGUUCCGAAGGACAAGAAGGAAGUGAAGAGGCUGACACGAGGCGCAAAAAAAUUGAAUCACUUAAGGCCCGAGCAAAUGCACGAGCCGCUGUUCUAAAAGAACAACUAGAGCGAAAGAGAAAGGAAGCAUAUGAGAGAGAAAAGAAAAUGUGGGAAGAGCAUUUGGUGGCUAAAGGAGUAAAGAAUUCUGAUGUUUCUUCACCUUUGGGGCAGCAUGAAACAGUUGGCUCUCCAUCUAAGCAGCAGAUGAGAUCUGUUAUUUCUGUGACUUCAGCUUUGAAGGAAGUGGGUGCGGACAGUAGUUUAACUGAUACCCAGGAAACCUCAGAAGACACACAAAAGACCAAUAAUUCUAUUUCAAGUAAGCGAGAAAUACUACGUAGAUUAAAUGAAAAUCUUAAAGCUCAAGAGGAUGAAAAAGGAAAGCAGUGUCACUCUGAUACUUGUGAGAUAAUUGUUCAUGAAGAUGCCAAAGAGCAUGAAAAAGAAAAGUCAGUUUCAUCUGAUCGCAAGAAGUGGGAGGCAGGAGGUCAACUUGUGAUUCCUCUGGAUGAGUUAACUCUGGAUACAUCAUUCUCUGAUAGUGAAAAACAUACAGUGGGAGAGGUUAUUAAAUUAGAUCCUGGUGGAUCUCCAAGAAGAGUCUGGGGGAAAAGCCCUACAGAUUCUGUCCUAAAGAUACUUGGAGAAGCUGAACUACAACUUCAGACAGAAGUAUUGGAAAACACAACUGAUAGAAGUGAGAUUUCUCCCAAAGGGGAAAAGCACAAACCUUUAGUUAUUGGAGAAGAAAAAGUACAAUGUAUUUCACAUGAAAUAAACCCAUCAACUACUGUUGAUUCUCCUGUUGAGACAAAAAAUCCAAAGUUUAGGGAGGCAUCUCCACAGAGACCACUGAAACCAGAAGGAAAUGUGGAAGAACCUGAUGAUUUGGAAACAGAAAUUCUACAAGAGCCAAGUGGAACAAACAGAAAUGAGAGCUUGCCAUGUACUAUUACUGAUGUGUGGAUUAGUGAAGAAAAAGAAACAAAGGAAAUAGAGUUGGAAGAUAGGAUCACCAGUCAGCAAAAUGAAGUUUCUGAAGAUGGAAUCUUGAGGAAUGUGGACCAACUUAAUGAAGUUCAUAUAGAACCUGGAAUAGAUGAUUCUCAGCACUCUACAUGUGAUGUAGAGAAAUGUAAACAGCCAGAACCAUUUUUCCAUAAAGUGGUUCAUUCUGAACACUUGAACCUAAUCUCUCAAGUUCAGUCAAUUCAGUGUUCAUCAGAAGAAUCCUUUCCACUUCGAUCUCGCUCUGAUUCACCACCAAGAAAUAAAAGCAAGAAUUCCUUACUGAUUGGACUUUCAACUGGUAUGUUUGAUGCAAACAAUCCAAAGAUGUUGAGGACAUGUUCACUUCCAGAUCUCUCGAAGCUGUUCAGAACCCUGAUGGACGUUCCCACUGUAGGAGAUGUCCGUCGAGACAAUCUUGAAAUAGAGGAAAUCGAAGAUGAACACAUUAAAGAAGGACCUUCUGAUUCUGAAGACAUUGUGUUUGAAGAAACUGACACGGAUUUACAAGAGCUUCAGGCCUCCAUGGAGCAGCUGCUCAGGGAGCAGCCUGGGGAGUACAGUGAGGAGGAGGAGUCGACCUUCAAGAACAGUGAUGUGGACCAGACUGGCGAUGGGACAGACCUGGCAGAGGAGGAUGACAACCCCAGCAGUGAAAGCGCGCUAAACGAAGAAUGGCACUCAGAUAACAGUGACGGUGAAAUUGCAAGCGAAUGUGAGUACGACAGUGUCUUUAACCAUUUAGAGGAACUGAGACUUCACCUGGAGCAAGAAAUGGGCUUUGAAAAGUUCUUUGAGGUUUAUGAGAAAAUAAAGGCUGUUCAUGAAGAUGAAGAUGAAAAUAUUGAAAUUUGUUCAAAAAUAGCUCAAAGUAUAUUGGGAAAUGAACAUCAGCAUCUUUACGCCAAGAUUCUUCAUUUAGUCAUGGCAGAUGGAGCCUAUCAGGAAGAUAAUGAUGAAUAAUCCUCAGAACAUUCUUCAACCCUCACCUAUGUGGAAGGAUUGAAUUUGGCUCAUCAGAGUAACAAGUGUCAGUGGGAAAUACAACAAUUUUAUAAAACUUGAUCAGAUUUAAGACGAGUAUGCUUAUUGCAUGAAAAAGAUGGAGAAACAUACCAUUUUGCAAUGAAGAUUCUAGUAUUUUAUCUAUAUUAUUUUGUUUGUCAAGUUCCAUAGUUAAAUCCUGUAGAAUACAUACUUUAUUAAAUCAUCCAACCAAAGCAUAAGAGACGUUGACCCAGAACUGGACUUGAUGGUUUUGAAGAUUUACUAUGCAACAGGCAACUUUGACUCUCAGCAGAUGUCUUCAGGUUGAAGGAAUUACCUGUGUCAUGAAAGCCCUGCCUGUGGUUUUCAUGUAAGUCUUUGAACAUGACCAUUUUUUCUGUCUAGCACUUGUUUUCAUCCUGGCCAGCAAUUCUGCGUUAAAUAACUUUGUCAAGGGCUCUGUUUAAGUCUUUAUGUUUUGAAGGUGGAAUUUUUAGCCUUAAAGUUUAUAUUCUCAAGUCCUUUUCCGACCGUGUGUCUCCUCAACUAGCUCAGUGGAGACAGGCUAUAGAAAGUCUUAGAUCAUUCAAAGAUUGGAUUAUGAAAGCAUAGCAAAAUUAUAUUUCCCAAUAUUUAAAAAGUUGGUUUAUUGCCUCUAUAUCUUAUUAAGGACCAGAACCAGUAAUAUUAUAUCUAAAAUUAGUCUGAGGAUUUUAACAUUUACUUAGUUAAAUGUUACCUAGUAAAGUUGCCUUUUGGUCUUAGCUUCCUGUCAUGCAUGUGCUUCAAGGACAAUAUGAGGUUAAAAAGGACAAAGGAAUCAUUUUUAUUUUGACACCGUGUCAGUUUUGGUAACUAGGCAAACAUUCCUCCUUUGGGGAGUGUUUGCCUCUUGCACUUCUUUCCAUUACGAGAGGAUUUAGUUAAGUCAUCGAGAUGAGUCUCACAGCUUCAGCUGCAGUAUGCCGCGUGCUACACGGUUUCAUUAGCAAUGUCUACAGUCCAGAUGUUUUUGUAAUAAAAGUAAAAUUUUUGAAACUCCAAGUACAAAGCAUUAUGAUUUGCAUAAUAUGUAAUUUGAAAAAUAAAAUCUUAUCUUGCAGCACUAUCAA